AUGGUCCACACAAGCAGCAGCAGCGCAAUUGGCCGCGGUUUCCCCCUCUCGGUCCUGCGCGCUUGGCGCCUCUCCUCAGCACGUUACUAUUCCUCGCCCUCCUCGCCCUCCUCGCCCUCGUCCUCUUCUUCCGUCGCCGCCACUGCCUCCCCGAAGCAGCAGCAAGAGAUUGCGGUUCCGCUCAACAUUUCGCCUGAUGCCGCCAACCCACCCGCGUCGACCCGGCCACCGCCGCUUGACGUGCCCGUACGGGCGCCAGAGACUUCGACUUUCUCGCACCUCUUCUCCGUUGGCAAGGCAUACCUGACCUUCUACAAAACGGGGCUAGGCCAAAUAUUCACCAACAUGCAGCUGGUGCGGGCUCUGCCCGCGGCAACGACCACACGCAGCCAUCUACUGCUGCGCGAGCGCUUCCAGCAUGACAUACGCCGUCUCCCGCUGUUCGGACUGUUGAUGUUCGUGUGCGGCGAGUUCACGCCGCUGGUCGUGCUGGCGGUGCCGUCGACGGUGCCUUACACGUGCCGCAUUCCCGCGCACGCGAGCAAGCUCCAGCGGCGGCUCGAGGCGCAGCGCGACGCCGCACGGAGGAAGCUGUUGGUCGACUACGACAACGUGAACGCGACAAUCAUCACGGCCCGUAUUAUGGCCGACGUGGUGGCACGGUCGCUGGGCUUGGUGUCGCCAUACUGGGAGCGGAUUGGGGGUGCCCCUGGACCCUUGGCGGAGCUGCGCGUGCGCAAGAGGCUGCACCGUCUCGCUGAGGAUGACGAUCUGUUGGUGCAGGCAGGGGGCGCACCUGCGCUGGAGCCCGAGGAGGUCCGCCUAGCCGCGAAUGAUCGUGGGGUAAACGUCACUGGCCGUACCGACGACGAGCUGCGAGGGUUGCUAGAACAAUGGCUACGUGUGACGACGGUGACAGAUAAUGUAGAGGAGCGAGAGAGGCGGAUGCUGAUAUUACUGUCCCGGAGCACUGAAAAUUGGCCUUGGGAAGAGGAGUUGAAGGUGUGA